AGCGCCCGUUGCUCGGAGUAAAAUUACAAAAUUACCCUCCAUCUGUAACUCCUACGUUUCCAGCCUCCGCCUGCAGCCCCAAGCAAAUCACCGGCGACGCAGCCAGUCGAGACUAGUAACUUACUGAGUUGAGAAUCUAGCCGAGUUGUGCCUAUGUAUUCCUCCACUAUAUCGGCGGCUUUGGCCUCCCAAUCGUACGAUAAAAUUGCUGAUAUCUGCGAUAAUCUCAUGCUUCAGGUUGCUGCAGAAGGCGUUUCUUAUCAGGACGAAUGGCCUUAUGCGGUUCAUCUGCUGGGGCACAUUUAUGUUGAGGACAUUAACAGUGCACGGUUUCUUUGGAAAUCAAUACCUUCCUCAAUCAAAGAAAACAAGCCAGAGGUGGUUGCAGCUUGGAAAAUUGGGCAGAAGCUAUGGAUUCGUGACUAUGGGGGAGUGCAUGAGGCAAUUCGUGGGUUUGACUGGAGUCAGGAACUUAAAGGCCUUGUAGCUGCAUACUCAGAACUUUACACAAAUAAGAUGUUUCAGCUUCUUCUUUCUGCUUAUUCAUUCAUAAGCAUUCAGGAUACAGCUUUAUUUCUUGGAAUGAACGAGGAUGAUGCGACAAAUUACGUUCUACAGCAGGGUUGGGCCGUGGACCCUGCUUCUCGAAUGUUAACUGUGAAGAAGCAAACUAUUGUGACAGAGCAGACACUUGAUCCUUGCAAAUUGCAACGUUUGACAGAGUAUGUGUUCCAUCUUGAGCAUUAAAAUCUGUUGACUUGGUGAAGACAUAGAUGCCUCUUCCUUUUUUAACUUCUACCACCCCAAAGCAGUGGCAUCUAGAUAUGCUGUGUAAAGCUGCUCUAAGGUGCCUUUCGAAUUUUUGUAGAACAAGAUGCAAUGUUCAUUCUGUGCAUGGAUUUCCAUCUAUAAACUUAAAAACUUUACUCGCAUUACAAGUGAGCCUCAUCAUUCAUCUUUAGUAAUUAUGGAUUGAGUAAUUGCUUGAA